GAGCUCCAGCCCCGCUGAUGGAAUAGACAAGUGAGGAGCGGGAGUCAUGGAGAGAGAGCGCUCAUUGUUCAGCCCGGGCUGCUGGGGGGCCGCUCUUCCAGGGCAGCUGGGCUUCACUAGGGGCCACGUUUAACCUGAUGAACUAUGGUUACUUUCGGGGGCUCAUGGUCACCCCGCGGAGAGGGAUCGCCUGGAAGACAAAGUCGGGCUUUUCGUUUGGAAAGAGACGAAAUCAUGAUAUUGGCUGAGGGUCCCAGCUGGGCUUUUUGGGGUGCAGUUAUUCUGGUCCGUUCGUUUCCUGCCCGGGGGAUCUGGGCGCCUCUAUUUUAGGACGAGAUCUGAUGAGAUAAGGGGAGGAAUUCCCCAUCGCACCCAGCAGGUCAAGAGGAAAACGGGUUGACAUCAUGGAUACAUUCUAUUCUUAUCAGACAUAUUGUUGUUAGGCUAACAGCUGGCAGAAGAUGCAUUUGUACCUCUUAUUUAUCUUUAUAUCUGAUCCAGACCUAUCUCCCUUUGAUGGUGCCUUCACUCUCCACCAUGAAUGAUGAGCAGAGACUGCACAACAAUGCUAUAGCCUGGCUGAUCUGUUCGGGGAUCUCCCUUCUAGCUAACACAUGGGGGAUUUUAAGCAUAAGUGCCAAGCAAAAGAAAUGGAAGCCUCUGGAAUUUCUAAUCUGCACUUUAGCUGGAACACAUAUUCUUAACGUAGCAAUACCCAUCACUAUGUAUUCUGUAGUUCAGCUCAGAAGGCAACAUUCAGACUAUGAAUGGAAUGAAGGACUUUGCAAAGUAUUUGUGUCUACAUUUUAUACCUUAAGUCUUGUUACCUGCUUCUCUGUAACCUCUUUGUCAUAUCAUCGUAUGUGGAUGGUUCGAUGGCCAGUAAAUUAUAGGUUAAGCAAUACAAAGAAGCAAGCAGUGCACACAGUCAUGGGAAUAUGGAUGGUAUCGUUUAUUCUGUCCACCCUGCCAGCAGUUGGAUGGCACGACACCACAGAGCGAUUCUACGCCAGGGACUGCCGAUUCAUUGUUACUGAAAUCGGCCUUGGUUUUGGAGUGUGUUUCCUGCUACUGAUCAGCGGCAGUGUGGUCAUGGGAGUGGUUUGCAUUGGUAUUUCCCUUUUCCAGACGUUUUCUAUUCAAACGGGACAAAACAUUGAUAAAAACAAAUUCAACGUGCCCACCAUUGUGGUUGAAGAUGCCCAGGGGAAACGUAGAUCAUCCAUUGAUGGAUCUGAGCCCAUUAAAACCUCACUUCAAAUAACCUACUUGAUAUCUGGAAUUGUAUUCAUAUAUGAUUUCCUAAUGGGCUUCCCUAUUCUGGUGGUGAGCUUUGCAAGUUUGAAGUUGGACAAAUCCUACGAGUGGAUGGUUCUGUGCGUCCUGUGGUGCUCUGUUGUCCAGGCAAUGCUACUGCCAAUGUUCCUCUGGGCCUGUGAUCGCUACCGAGCUGAUGUGAAAGCCGUCUGGGACAAGUGUAUUGCUAUUAUGUCUAAUGAUGAUGGGGAUGAAGAGCACAGCAUGGAUGGUGGCAUUCAUUCAGAUCUCAUUUAUGAAAGACCCUACGAUUAUAAUUAUGGAGGAGAUAUCAUGGCCAUGGAUCGCAUUUCUAAAUAUGAUCUAUCUGCAUUAGAGAGAGGAAUUCCACAGAUUUAUCCCAUGAAGGAAUUACAAGAUGAUAAAAUGCACUAUCUUCAGGUUCCUCCGACCAGACGUUAUUCUCAUGAUGAAACAGACAUCUGGACUACCAGGCAGAUCCCAGCCUUUCCUCAUGGGUGGGGCUCCGCAGAGGAUGUGGCUGCAAUUUCCUUCUUUACACUUCCUCGGCGAGAAAGAAGAAGCAGCCUUGUAUCAUAUCAUGAGGAUCCAAGCAUGCUGUAUCGGAAGUGCCGGAAAUCUUCAGAAAGCCUCAUUUCGUUGAAACAGUUUACAUUGGAAGAACUUUACAAAGGGGAUUACAAGUGCUUCAGUCGGGAGGAGGUAGUCAGUUUUAUUGAUGAAACACCUCUCCCAAGUCCUAGGAAAAGCCCUGUCAGGUCUUCUUCCAUCUCCAUUAUCCCAGAUGCCCUGCAGCAUCAAGCAAUGACUCACUUUGCGUUGACGGACUUUGAGCGGGAGCCGCAGGCCCUGCGACGUUUUUCAACCCACGAGAAAAGUUGUACGCUCAAUGUCCCUGGUCAUCGUCGGUGUCACGACGACCACCACAAACGAUUUUACACGGAGGGGCACCGGAGUCAUCGGAACAGCCAAAAGCGGGUUCAGAAGAGAGACUCUCAGAAACUGAGCGGAAAAACUGUAGAGAACAGCUGUGCCGAUUCUUCCAGUCAAGAGACGGGUUUGGGCAAAGAGUGGGAUGGGCAGGAACAUCUCACCAAAAUGGAAAGCAAAGGAAGCGCAAACAGUUUUUUAAGUUCGCCUUCUGCUUCCUCUGGGUACAUAACGUUUCACUCAGACUCCAUUGGAUCUACGUCUUAAGGGACUUUUAAACUCUUCUUAGAUUCACUGUCUUUUAAUACUUGGCACUGGAUUAAGCACCAAAGAAGAAAACGGGCAAUGUAUCUUGUUAAAGGGACAAUUCAACACUGAGUGGUCGAAGGACACAAAUUCCUAGGAUGAGAAAUGCACAGGACAUUCUCAGCAUGGCUGUUUUAUCAUAGAAAUAAAUAUAUAACAGGACAGAUUCUGCUUUCUAUACAUAUUUACAAAGAUAUUUUUAACAAAUUGAAAAUAUUCCUCACUUUUAUUGCUGUACAGAGCAACAGAAUCAUUAUCUUUAAACAUUUCAUCCGUCAGUGAAAUAGAUGCAUGCAUUUGUCCUCACAGCUGCUGGUGGCAUAUUUGAUAUACACUUGACUGCAGGGAUUUUUCUUAUCUGUGGUACUGCUGCUGUUGCUAAACUACAGUUCUCAGCAUCCCCUGAGAGCUACAGACUAAGGGAAGUUGCUAGGUGUUUAGGUUGGUGUUUAGGUUGAGCAACAUGCAGUUAAAAACACCCGGUUUGAAUUCAGGGCCAGAGCCUGACUUCUGGCAAUGCAGGAAGGUUCAGGGCCCUAUCAAAAGGGAAACAUUUUGUAUAAAUCAGGGAUGUCCAGCUUAUGGCCUUCCAGUUGUUUGUUGCACAGCGACUCUUAGCAUCCCCUACAAUACUAUUCCCAAUCCCAGUGCAAAUCUUUUUUCUGUGCCCCCCCCCCGCGCCUUAUUGGCCUCAAACAUCCAUGACCCCAAUUGUUACCGCAGUGUUGAUCCCACCACCGCCCAUAUCUCUUACGCCCUGCAUGUGGGGAUCUUGUUGGCCCUUUCUGAGGUAUAUCAUUUUUAUUAGUUGGUGAAUUAUAUAAAUCAUUAUGUCCUUUGGGUCCCCUCUGGUCUUAAUUCCUAGGUAGGGCCCUGCCCCCUGCACCACCACUAUGUAUAUAGUGAAAAUCAUCUCUAAUCAUUUUUGCAUAAUAUAAUGUUUUUUGUACUUUUCUCUGCAUUCCCCCACCAAGACUGGGGCCCACCUGUGCUUCCCUCGAACUCACCCUGUUUAUUAAAGAUCCCUUUUCUAUUACAGUACAAAUGUUUUCAGUGAGAAUGACACUGGGACAUGUAAAUCAUUGUUUUUAUAGUUCUGUUGUGCUUUGAAUAAUGUAUGGUACUUUCUGUACAGUAUGGCCUCUUUUUACCCUAUCAGGCUAUGUGCCUAUGUACAUUACUAUCCAUGAAGGAAGUAAAUGUAAACCUGUAUUCUCUAUGAUACUGCUGUUAUUGGGGGGAGGGGACAGGGGUGGUUAUUGAAUUGUUUUUGUGAACCUGUUCUCAAGGGUUAAUCAUAUUUCCUCUUUUAUGGUUUGAUCAAUCUGUGUUUUCAGAUAUUAUGGUAUUUUGUGAUACAAUAUCACGCAAAGUAGGUUUUUACAUUUCAUUUUGAAAAGUCGUAUUUUGAAUGAUUAUUUGAUGCAGUGCCAGCAAUAUCAUUUCUUUCCAGUGCAUGGAACCGAGUGGUGCAUUGUAUGUAAGCAUGUUUGUCGGGGUCCCUGGACCUUUUUUCUUUUUCCCCUUUUGUAAAGAGUAAAAAAAAAAAAGAAAAUCAGCGUUAACCAUUUUUCAAGGAUCUUACGUUGUGACAUUAACGUUACUUAUCACCUCUGGUUUGAACAAGGUUGGAUUUGUAAUAAGCUGAUUUGUUAUAUGCCGAUACCAGUUAUGGAUUUUGCAAUAGGACAUGUUUUGUAUGGCUCUUCUUCUUUAUUAAAACAUGGGUACUACCAUG